CAACCAUCAAUGUCGGUAUAGUUGAUCGCUUGAUUUCCCAAGGUGUUGAGAGAAUCGGUCGUCUAUCGCCAUGUCAUCUCAAUACUCCACUGAGCUCUGCAAAGUCUUCGUGGAGGAGUACUUUGGAUCCGUCGCAUCGAAAGUCAUCACUGUUCUUCUUGACUACGGCCGACUCAACUUGCAGCAGAUUGCGCAGCACACAAAGUACACGCCCAAGCAAGUCUCGCAAUGUCUUGUCGCACUCAUUCAGCACCACCUCGUUUUGCACGCGACAGAAUCAUUGGGUACCCGGGAUACAACAUGGUAUGAGCCUGUAUGGGAGGAGGCAUAUAGAUUGGCGCGUUGGGGAACCGAGCUUUUUAUUGCGAAGGAAGUUCUGAGCAAUGAAAGUGCGACAAUCAUGAAGUUCAUUUUGAUGAACGGGCGUAUCAAGGGACAGUACAUCUAUGAUACAUUCGCGGGAGAGGACAAGAAGAAGCUACAGACAUUACAGGCGUCAUUGACGAUGUUGGUGCGACAGAAGUUCUUGAUGAAAGUACGCGACGUUCACAUGACCCCGCUUGCGGAUCGGAGGAACAAGAUGUACGCGGCCAAAAUCAAAGGGAGGUCGGAAGCGGAUCCGAAGGAUGUCAAACAAUGGAACGUUGAGGUGGAUAGACAGCUGAAGGACUCGGAAGAGAUGGAUAACUCACCAACUGCUGGGUUGGUGCAAGCAGCAAAAGGGCCAAGCAGUUUGCUGAAGCGUGCAAAGUCUGCUGGUGAUAAUCUCACCGCCGAUCCUCAGGCUUUCUUCAAGGUUAACCAUGAUAAAUUCGUCAUCAUCAUGCGCAGUCAGGCAAUAUGUAACUUAGCCAAACGACGCACGGGUGAGAUCACUGGCAAGGUCUACGAAUACUUCCUGAAACAACUGGAGCCUGAGAUGCUAAGUGUCAAACAAGAUAUGUCUGCAAAAACGAUUACCGCUGCCACGUUGGCACGUUCUGUGCCGAAAGAUAUGGACCUGAUGUCCGUGCUAGCAAAACCACAACAAGAAGGGCCUAGAGGGAAGAAACGUCGACUGCGGGAUGACGACGACGAUGAAGAUGGUUCACCGGGUCCUAAGAAGGAAGAGGACGAAGAUGAAGAUGAAGACAUGGACGAUGAAGAUGAGGAUGAAGAUGAAGACGAAGAUGAAGAUGAAGAAAUGGGUGAAGGUGGUGUGUCUUCCGCACAGCGUGCUAGUCAAGUUGCCAUGCAUCUUGAGAUCCUUUGUCAGGAUUCUAUGAGCUUCUUGAAAAGGGUCUCGAACAAAAAUCAGGGAGAAUACGCGGUCGACUUUGCUGUUGUCACUGAGAGACUAAAGCAGUUCGAGUUUGAGCAAAUUGUCAGCGACAAAUAUAGUGAGCAUGCAGUCCGGAUAGUGAGGAUCCUGAAGGACAAGGGUAAGGUUGAUGAGAAGCAGAUGAGUGCACUCUCGCUGAGAAAAUCCGCGCAAGUACGCGAUCUGUCAGCGGAACUGCAUCGUGCUGGUAUUAUUGAUCUGCAAGAAAUUCCCAAGACCGCAGAUCGAGCACCCAGGGCGACCAUCUUUCUGUGGUUCUUCCGCCCUGAUCGCGCUCGAUCGCUGGUGCUUGAUGAUAUUUACAAGGCUAUCACACGUGCGCAACAACGCAUAGGUCAUGAGAAGAAGCGCAGAGCAAGGCUGAUUACGAAGGCCGAAAUCCAAAGACAGGGCGGUGCAGCUCUGACUGACAGGGAAAACAAGGAGAUCCAGAGGAUGAAUGCUAUUCAGGAGAAGUUAGCAGUGCAGAUCAUGAGGAUGGACAGAUUGGCGAUGAUCUUUCAGCUUCCGGCCACGCAUUAA